UUGAAUAAAGGGAGCUAGCUGCUAAAUGUUUGUUAAUAGAGUCCGUUUUAUUUACACAUUUACCCGCUAGAGCUGUAUAGGUUACAUUUAAAUUGCCUGUCUCAUGACUGUCCACACGUGUCGGCAUGGACAACCGUUGUUAUUGUUGUGCAUCAAAGUUCAGUCUCUUCAAGAAGGAGCUGGGCUGUAAGAGCUGCGGCCGCUCCUUCUGCUCCAGCUGUUUGACUUUCAGUGCUGUGGUGCCUCGCUGUGGCAACACCCAGCAGAAGGUCUGCAAACAGUGCCACGGUAAUCUGACGAGUCGAGAAUCGCAAAACAGUGCUGGAAAAUGGUCUCCUCCUGAAAAUUAUAAGAAACGAGUCGCUGCAUAUGAGGCCAAACAGCAGGGACAGGCGACACAACCUCUUGCACAAGGAAGCAAUAGAAACAGUAAAGCAGGACAUCUACCAACCAAAGGCCUGAGUAAGGAAGAUCAGGCUAUUGCUGAAAGACUUCAGAAGCUGAGGGAGGACACUGCACCAAAGUCUGUCCCCUCACAGAAAGAGCUUGAGUCUCGUCUCGCUGCUCUGAAAGCUCCCAGCCAGCCAGUGCCUUCUGCAGCAGAGAUGGAGGACCGCCUGGCAGUUCUACAGGGUCAGAAUCCCUCAUCUCAAGCUCCUCCACCUGUUCAUCAGCCUCCUGAUAACCGGACUCAGACUGAACAAGCCAAUGAUCUGAUUACUCAGAUGACAGAGGAAGUUGCCAUAGACGACCAGCAAUCAAAUCCUGAAUGCAGUGUAGAUGGCCGUAUGAAUGAUCUCAACAAAGGGGAGGGGGGUACAUUGGAUGAGAAUUUGGAGGAGAACCAGGAUGCAGACAAGCAGCUGGAGGCCGAGAAAGCCCGUGUCCUUGAAGAGGCCAUGGAGGAGCUGAGGAAGGAGCGCCAUUCCCAGGAUCAGAUCCUCCAUAUGGCAAAGAGGAUGGCGCAGCUGAAAGGGCAGGAUCCAGACAAAGUUACUAUGGAGGACUUUCAGCAUCCUGACAGCGAGGAGGAGACUGAAGAAGAAGCUGUGAUGAGAGUGUUAAAACAGCUCUCUGAAGAGGCUGCGCUGGAUGAGGCCUGUGGUUACAACAUACCUUUAGAGCACAGCGGACCAAAGAACACAGAAAAGAAAAAAACUUCUAAGAAACCGGCUCCAGCACCUAAGAAUCGGAUUUCAACGUCUGCUGUGCCACAUCAGCCAUCAGACAGUGACGAGGAUGAGCUACCGUGGUGCUGCAUCUGUAACCAAGACGCCACCAUUCGGUGUCACACCUGUGAUGGAGACCUAUACUGUAACCGCUGCUUCAGGGAAGGCCAUGAUAAAUAUGACAGGAAGGAGCAUCGCACCAGUAACUACACUGCACCAAAGAAGAAGAGGAAGACAUGAUAGGGAGACUGUGCUGCAGGUGUUUGCCUUAUCAGGCUCUGGUCAGUCAUCACUGUUAGACUUGUGCUUAAGACUUAAGUGACCUAUUAGUGUUAAUUUAAAAAAAACAACUGUGUCUCAGAGGGUAUAAACGCUACCGUAUUAUCUUAAAAAAGCCAGAACCCCUAAUUUUAACUCUUAACUUAUAAGGGCUGUACCGAAUGUCAUUAUAUUACAUUUGACGCUUCUAUUGAGGUUUCCAAAUUAAGCUUUGAAUGUCUUUUUUAUGACAUUGUCAUUCCCCUCAAGAAAUUAGAAAUCCUCAAAUGAAAUCCUCAAUUUAAAUAAAGUGAUUCAUCAGAUUAUAAUAUCAACAUUCUUUAAUGAAUAAAUGUAAUUAAUGGUAGUGUUAGAUUGCCACUAGAUGGUCCCAUUAAUUCAGUUGCUCACCUCUCUUUGUGUGCAGCAAACAUACAAGUAAAUCCAGCUGACAUGUCAUGCGAUGUCAGGCGGCUAAAAUUCAAUGUCAGGACAACUCGUACCAGCGUCAGAUUGGCAUAGAAUACUGCCAACUGAUGAUGUUAACACUUCAAGUUGUAUUUUUAAGUAAACGAAAUCAAAAUUCUUCCAAAUAUCUCAUGCCAGCGUCAUCUUUACAAUAACAUUUGGUCAUGAAGAAUUGCAGGCCAAAACCAAACAUAGACAAAACAUAAUAAUGUUACCGUCCCAGCAACGAGAUAUUCCAACGUUGUUGUACAUGUAAAAUAUCGUCAAACAGAUUUUUAUUCCAACCAAAAUUUAAAAUCUGUCCAACAUCAGAUUCCAACAUCUUUCUAACGUCUUAUUGAUGUCCAGUACCAGCUUGGAACUGUUUUUUGUACGCAGGGAGAGUGUUGUUUUUGAAAUGCCAAUGAAUAUUGAUUGAAGCAGAAUAUUUCAUCAGAUAAAAACAUGUUGUUAAUUUUGGAAAUGAUUCCAUCUGUCUUUUUUCAAAUUAAUUAAUUAAUUUGAACUAUUCGGUACAGCCCUACAACUUAUCCAGUCUGCUUAGAGUGGCUUUAUACAUGUGUCUGUGUAGACCACAGGAAGAGCAACAUCUGCUUUCUGUAAUAGCUAACAGGGAUCUAGAUUAACUGAACACUUAAAAUAUAAUGCAUAAUAUUUAUGAUAAAGCAAAGACUAGACAUACACAUACACUUUAAUGUUAAUGCAACACAAUAUGAAUGAUGUGAAAAACAUAGCGCCUGUUUAACCAUCUAAAUGCCCUUUGUGGGCAUCAAUAAUCAUCUUUAUCC